AUGCACAGCAAGGCAGGUGCAGUUCGAGUCGUUACUUGUGCAGUGGAGUGCAAUGCAUCAACCAGCCAGACACCCGGCAUAGAGGACGCAGCACAUCCAGAUUUAGCCAAGCAGACCAGAGCAUGCAUUGCGCUUGGCGCGAACCCAUCGCCAACUUGCCAAGUUAAGGAGAAUGUCGAGCCGGCCGACCUCAUCAGGCAAGCCAAUCUCGAACAGAACAUCCAGCCGGCCUGGUCUCAGAAGCGUGUCUUUAACCAUGUCCCUACGAUUCGUCGUUCCGAUGACGAGAAUGUUUUCCAGCUGAUUGACGCCGUCGAGAAUUGGUCGAUAUCGUUAUGCAGCGGCAUCACAGCCCAGCCAUCCCAACUCUCAUUAGGGGAGUGCAUCAGUUCGUUUGCUACUCAGAAGCUGCUGGAAGAUGUGGGGCGGCCAUGUCUGCUUUGGGCCCGGGAAAUGCAGAAACCGAUGGGACGUCGUCGCAUCGCUUGUCUGGCCAUGUCUGUCGCAUAG